CUGAUGGAUCCGUCGCGGGACGUUGGGGCGCGCGUCGAGGUCUACUGGGCGACUGAAGCCGACUGGUUUCAAGGAACCAUCCAAGAGUACGAUGCGCAGGUCGGGUACCGCGUCUUGUACGACGACGGCGACGAGCAGUGGGAAGACGCCACCAACACCGAGCGUCUCCACGUGCUGCGGGAGACGAGUGUUGACCACGACGUCGAGGCCAUGGAGCCGCCGGGUGACGACGCGGAAGACGACGUCGUCGUCGGUGCCAUGGAGCCGCCGCCAGAUGAGUUGACCGACGAGGACGUAUACCUUCGAGCGUCCAGCGCCAACGUCGCCACCAUGUUCAAAGUGGAAACCACGUCCGAGGCAUUACGCGAGAUGAUACCCGCCCAAGCAGCGACAGCCUUCUCGCCGGAUUCCGAAGCCAUCGCACCUACAAUCCCCGACCAACGACACACGACUGUGGCUGCGCUACCCCUUCCACAGUCGACCUCAACGACACCAGCAGGCACCAGUGCCAGAAGCAACCUCACGGACGACGACGACUCGUCAUCAGUCGAUUGGACACCGGCUCCUGUAGCAACUCGACCUGCCUUCAGCCGCCACCAUGUAAUCUCAAACGCGUACGAAGCCGACAUCGGGGCGAUUCACAUACCGUCGACGAGCCAGAUACGGCCGCCAGCCGAGCCGCUGGCGCUUCGACGGCACGCCGGCCCUGGCAUCGCCAUUUUGCAAGGCCGUGUUGAGUACCUUCGCAGUGAGCUCGACACGAUCUACAGCGCGUUCGUCAAGGUAUCAUUCGUCGCGCCAGGUCCAGGCAACGUCAUGCUGCGCUGCAAGACCGUGCUGUACACGACGCCGGUGGUCUCGGCGAGCGCUCGGCCGACGUGGAGCGACGCUGCUUGGCGCUACGAGAUCCCCAACGAAUACGACAUGAAACCCUGGGCCUCGCUGCGCGGCGACAUCCUCCUCGCGGUCUUUGAUCACACUCCGCACACCAACCUUUUUGUCGGUCAACUGCUGGUGCCGGUGGCGUCGCUUCUCGACGAUGACUGCCCCGAGGGUCUCCAAACGCGCUUUGACGAAGAGUAUGCACUCACCUCGCGGCAAGGCAAGGUCCUUGGCGGUCUCUACCUCCGCCUCUCGCACCAACUGCAGCUGCCACCAAGCGAUGCAUCGCCCGCACUUGCAACCACCACAAAGAGCCCGAUAGCGCCAAAGAACCCACUCAAGAAGAAACCCCCAACAGCAACAGCAAAGCGCAAGCACGUGGCCAGCCCCGCCAUCAACCGCUCCAAGCGCGCGAUUGAAAUCGAACGGGAGAACGCUGCCAUCAAGAAGCGCGUCGCGGCAGCAAAGGGUUGCGCCGUCAAGCUGCCUACCGUCCCGCAGGGUGUUGCAACCCACCGCGCCCAUUCGAGCGUGAACCGGCAACGCGAACUCGCAGCGAUUGACGCCGAGAACCGGCGACUUGCCGCGCGCCGCAUCCCGAAACCAAAGCCAUCGACUGUGAUGGAGCUUAGUGAAAGUGAGACCAAGACGACCAAGCCACAGCGCGUCGAUUUGGAGAGCCAAGCCACGUACGUUGUGCAGGUCGAGCUCACGACGGCGGUGGCGGCGCUGCAGCACGAGAUUGCCGGCCUCCAACAAGACGUGUUUGCUGCCAAAGCAUCGCUCUCACGGUACACGAUCAGCAACGCCAAAGACGUCCGGGCCGUUGAGACCCUCCAGCGCGCUUGCGACCGCGCGCGGGCUGCAUCAAGCAAGCGCGACGCCGCCCACAAACCGUCGAGCGCGAAAGGGCGAAGCGCAACACCAAAGGCGGCUGACGAAGCGCCAGAAAAGGCGCGGCACCUUGCCCUUCUCGAGCAAGAACACGCCGCCGUCACCAAGGAGCGGCAAGACCUCUUGGCGCACGUGCGUGCGUUGCACGCCGACGAAUGCGACGUACAAGAGGUGCUGAGUAAGCUCGAGAACGAUUUGGGGCGGGCCGACCGCCGCCGACUCUACUUGAGCAACCCUACGGCCGGUGAGCUCGACGACGACGAGCAAGCCAUGCUCCAGAGUGCGUGGAGUGAAGUGACGUCCUUGAAGGUACACGUUGCUGCACUCGAAGAGCAAGUCGACCGAAGCGACGGCAGCGCCAGUGUCAAUGCAGCCGGAGACGAUGGCGCCGCAAAGCUCGAGGCAAGAAGAGCCAAGGAAACGCAGCUUCAGAUGCAACGAGACGCAUAUCGGGCUCAGUACGAGGCCCUUGUGCGCGCCAAGACGGUCGAGACACUUCGCCAAAGUGUGCUCGAGAUGCAGCACAUGCUUUUGCUGUGCGAACGCGAAGAGAAGACGAUGGCGGCCGCCACCGCCGAAGCCGAUGCUGUCGUGCAAGACGCAGCGAUGGCAUUCGAGCGUCAAUUUCGCGCCGAGCAAACGGACACGGACAUUCUCUUCAAGGUCACGACACUCUAACUGCUUGAAGGAUACAACGAAAGCGAAUGUCCGAGGCCAUCCAUGGUGCAUGUCGUGCAAUGUACGAUCGAACACCAUGACAAAGUAGACGAGGUCCGUCGAGUGUAUCGUUAUGUUGGCAAAAACUGUGCAAGGACCUGUCACGAUCCAAGAACGAC